UCGGCUCCUCUUGACUCGGUAUCUGAUCUCUGUUGAUCUGUCGCUCUUCAGAAUCAUUGAAGUCUCCUGAAGGCUGAAGUUCUGAAUGAAGAUGUGCACUUGAAACGACGUCUGUGAAGGCAAAGAAUCGCAGGGGUGCAGCCACAACAGGAGUCUGCUAAAUGUUCCGUUGCUUGUCGGAAGGUUUGCAAAGAGCUGCGUUUCCUGAGAGGCGCCCGGAACCCCUUGCGUCCAAAAGCCCGGGUGCAAGCAUGGCGCAGAGCCGCACCCCGCAGCCGCAGAUCGAUCAGGAGUCAGCCAAGGAGCUGAACCUGGCGGUCUUGCAGCGGAUGGAUGCCAACGUGGAGGACAUCCUGGCGACGGCGGGGCAUGUGACGCUGUACGAGUUUGACGUCGAUGAGAAGCAGUGGAGUCGGAAGGACGUUGAGGGGUCUUUGUUUGUGGUCAAAAGGCGGACGCAGCCCCGUUUCCAGUUCAUCGUGAUGAACAGGAGGAGCACCGAAAACCUAGUGGAGGAUCUGCUGGGCGACUUCGAGUUCGAGGUGCAGACGCCGUACCUGCUGUACCGCAAUGCCGUCCAGGAGGUCAACGGCAUCUGGUUCUACAACCCCCGCGAGUGCGAAGACGCCGCCAAGCUCAUAACCAGGAUAAUCUCCGCUUUCAACAAGACGCCCCCUAAGCCGAAGGCCUUCGCCCCUGUAAUCCCGGCAUACCAAGAACUAGAGCCGACGGGCGAAACCGCGGCCGCGGUCGUGGCGGAGCCGCUCGAGGGGCCGUCCGACGAGGCCAUCUCAUCGCCCGAAGAGCCCGCGGCCGAUCUUUUGCAGCGCUUCUUCAACACCGCCAUCCAGUUGAGCCAAGGCGAGUCUUCCACAGGCCCCUCCGCCCCCCCCGCUCCCCCCCUCCCAGGCCCCAACUCCUUCCUCCCCCCCCCUUCCAAUCAGGCCCCUCUUCCCGGGCUUUUCCACCCCACAAAACCCCAGUUAGCCAAACCGGCCUUCUUCGUCCCGCCCCCCCUCCCCUCCUCGGGCCAAAAUUACCCCCCCUCUUAUUCUCAAGAAGUAGAAAGCUUUCCUCCAGCGGCUGCUCGGCAAAAGCCCGGGCACUUGCCCCACGGCUCGCCAUUGCUGCAGCCAUUCCCCCCUCCGGCGCCCCCGCCGACGCUAACUCCACUUGGGGGGGGAGCGCACGUGCCUGAGGGCGUUUCCAUCACGAGGGAUAGGAUAAGGGAGGCGCUCGCACAGCUAGUGCAGGAUGACCGGUUUGUGGAUCUCGUGUAUGAGGCCGUGAAAAAUGCGCAUGCGGAUUGAGAGUGGCGUUGUGUCUAGUUGCCUGCUCAGCCGCUAUACAUGCGUGCACGAGUCAUCCAUGUAGGACUGGUCUCAGCGUAUGAUAUGCGAAUCAUCUACAAUGUUGCGUCAAAGGCAGACUGUGCAAUCCCC